AUGGCAAAAACACGAUCAACCAAGACGACCGCAGGCAAGAAGAAAGAAGACGCAGACUCGAUACCGAAACCCACCCUCAAGAAGCUGGAUGCGAGUGUGGACAACCCGCCUCAGCUAUUUGUUCUGCCCAAAGACGCCUCUACAGAGGCUCGCAUAGCGACGAUCUCGAAUCCUGCGACUUCAGCACCCAAUCGAUAUUUUGUGUGUCCAGAGAAGGGAUUCUACGAGUUCACGAAAGUCGCGGCACCUAAGAAUCAGCAGAGGAGCUGGCUACUGGCGCCGGAUCAAGAGAAUGACCAGGAUCAUGGCAAGGCCGAGGGGAAAGAGUCUGGCUAUGUACUGCAAACACCUGAUAUGUUCGUCGCAACUCCGGUCGACCCUCUCUUCCUUUUGUUGCCAGCAUUAGCAGAAGACAGCGAGAGUGGUGGACAGGAAUACCUUGCCGCCUCGGAUUAUCUGGCUAAGUUGACCAAGGCGUCACCGCAUCUGUCGCAGAUCCUGCAACAAAGCACACCUGUUAAACUGGAACAAUGUCUGGAAGCAAGGGUUGAAGCAGUCUCCGACUGCAUGGACAUGGGCGACGAGAAGAUGUACUCGUUGGCUUUGCCAAAACUGGUCAAGGAACUCGUGGCCAAGGCAAAUCGAAUAAAAGCAAAGGGGCUACCGGCUAGUAUGGAAGACCGAUUCGUCAAGCAGCCAUUAGAUGUGCCAGUCCUCAGCAUCAAGAGAGAAGAAAGCAGUAUCAGCAUCGCCAAUGAUGGAGUCGAAUCUGAGCCAGCAUCAGAAGCCCAGUCGCAAGAGACAGAUGCUUCUGGAACAACCAUGGCGACAGUCUCGACCGCAGCUACUUCUGUCUCCAUCAACGCCGAGGCGGACACCAACACCGCACCAGACGGCGUGAUAGAUCUGUUACGCACCAAAGUCGCCCUCGACUUCCUCAUGUCCAGCUACAUCUCGCCUUCAUUGCGGACGAAGCUUCGGCCGCUACUUUCCAAUGCAGGCGAAUCUGGGGUUGAUUUCUCAUCUCUGGACAAACAUCUCGCCCACAUCGCCUCGCUCAAGAAGGAAGCACAAGCCCUUCGAUCCCUGAGCGACAACAUAUCUCGCAAGCGUAGCGCCAUGGAAGACGAUGAGGCAGUUGAGAGAGCAGAGGCGAAGAAGCGUAAGAAGGAGGAAGAAGACCUAAAGAAGAAGAACACGAGCCAAGGUGUGAAGAAGCUGAUGAAGGCCGACACGAGUGGUAUGAAGAAACUCAGUUCUUUCUUCGCAAAGGCGCCGGCCGGAUUAAAGUGA